AGUCAUUCAACGCGCUUCUAUAAAGAUGCAGGAUGCCUUAAGCCGUUGAAGCGGAGUGCCGGGUUCAUUACGGUGCUGUGUGCGGAAGAAGGGGAACACAAAAUUAAAUCCAUAAAAAUUGAUAUGGCUUUGAGGGGGUCUCUUCUCCGUUUCCUGAAAAGGCAGAUGGACUCGGUCCAGCAGUGCAGAAAGCUGGGACAGUCGGUUGCCGUCGUUGGAGCUCCUUUCUCUAGGGGACAGAAAAGAAGAGGAGUUGAGCAUGGACCUCGUGUGAUCAGAGCGGCGGGACUGGAAGAACGGCUUUCCAACAUGGGUUGCAACGUUUGUGACUAUGGAGAUCUGAGUUUUACUCAUCUAAACAUUGAUGAGACCUACAAAGGUGUCCAUUUCCCACGAACUGUUGGAUUGGCAAACAAAGUGCUGGCAGAUACAGUGAGCAGAGCAGUGGGCAGCGGCAACACCUGUGUGAUGCUCGGUGGGGAUCACAGCUUAGCCAUUGGAUCAGUUCAGGGUCACUCCCAGCAUUGUCCAGAUUUGUGCCUGAUCUGGGUGGAUGCGCAUGCGGACAUCAACACACCACUCACCUCUCCUUCUGGAAACCUUCAUGGCCAGUCAGUCGCAUUUCUGCUCAAAGAUCUACAAAAUAAGAUUCCCGAACUUCCUGGUUUCUCCUGGGUUACUCCAUGCCUUUCUGCUUCUGAUAUUGUAUACAUUGGACUUCGGGAUGUUGACCCUGGGGAGCAUGGGAUCCUUAAGAACUGUGGAAUCAAGUUCUUCUCCAUGAGAGACAUUGAUCACUUUGGAAUCCAGAGGGUAAUGGAGCUCACUUUUGACCACUUACUUGACAGAAAACAGAGACCAAUCCACCUAAGCUUUGACAUUGAUGCUUUUGACCCCUCGCUGGCUCCUGCUACUGGUACUCCAGUAAUUGGAGGGCUGACGUACAGGGAGGGAAUCUACAUCACAGAAGAAAUUCACAACACAGGUUUGCUUUCCGCUAUGGACCUAGUAGAAGUAAAUCCCAUGCUGGGCGUUUCUCAGGAGGCUGUAGGGUCCACAGCAAGCCUGGCUGUCGACGUCAUUGCAUCCUCGCUGGGUCAGACCAGAGAAGGCGCACACGUUUCCUUUGACAAACUUCCACCAUCCAACACAACUUACGAGGCGGAGGAUGAGCAGAAAGUUUGUCUCUAACAAACAUCUUCUUGGCUGUACAUGUCUGCGCAUUCCUCAGCUUUUCAAAAGCACUUUCUUUGACUGUACAUGAAAACUGCAUGGCCAGUUUCUGAAUUAUUUUAAGAACUUUGUAAGUUCAUCGUACAUUUUCAAUGAGAAGUUUUCAGUCUAUUUUAUAAUGCUAUAAUGUUAUCAAACUUGUGGAAUAUUUUGUGUGUCAAGAGGUACAAGGAAAAUGGGCCGUUUUGAAAAAAUCCAAAAUCUGAUUUUUUUUUCCUUUGGGUGGGCAGUGUGGUGGUUUUGUCCAGAGUGCUUACUCCCCGACAUAAACGGCCAGUACGAUAAUCCUUAGAAAAGUGCAAAGAGCAGUAUUAUUCUGUACCUGUACGGCACCUACUGAUGGUUACUGAGUUUGAAUGAAUUUUCUUUCUGCAAUCCAAUAUUUUAUUUAUGUAGAAAUAAAUCAUGGAACUACUUAUGUCAUUUUAA